AUGCAUUUCCAGAUCUUCACGGCGCUGCUCCUCACAGCCCUUACGCAAGCAAGGCCCCAAACACCCGCAGACACCAGUGCCCUCGCUGGACUGCCCGCCUGUGCAGUAAGAGAUGCAGCACCUCAUACAGCCCCAGCGACUGACUUUGACGCUGACCUGAAUACCCAACAGCAAGAUGCCGCGAACUCGGCACUCGGGUCGUCGGGCUGUGCUGCAAAAGCCAAGGACUGUAUCUGCAGCUCGCAGCCGUUCAUUGCCGCCAUCACGACGGCCGUGACCCAGACUUGCACGGCGCAGGAUGUCCAAGCUGCCCUGAUCUUUGCCCAAACGUACUGUGGAGCGGCACUCAGCGCGGGAGACUCGUCGGCGUCGUCAUCAUCCGGCCCAGCAGCGACGGGAGACGCAGCCGCCACUUCCGACUCUGCGGCGCCUACAUCGUCUCCUUCGGCCACGGAGGAUAAUACUGAUUACACCGGCGGCGCGUCCACGACGACAGUCCCCGGCACGGUGACGGCCACGACAAGCGUUCUGGGGGCGAGCGUCUCCGUCAGCACGGUGCCUGAGACCUCCGUCACGGGCAUGAUGCCGUCAGGCGUGGUGAUGACUACCACGCAAUGCACGACCACGACUACAGUCAUGACGACGCAGGCGAAGACAAUGUCGUAUAAUGCUACGUAUACCGGUGCGGCGGUCAAGAGUGUGGGGCAGGGCAUCAUGGCUGCGGUGGUUGGCGUUGCUGGGGCGGUGGCUAUGCUGUAA